CGGGGUAUGCCCAUGCCUCAAAUACUUGAUAGUUGAUUGCGCUAUGAAUCAAGAAUGCAACAACAAGCUGACAAACUCAUAAUCGUCAGAUACGAGACAGCAUCAGUGGAAAAGACAAGGAUGAACAGUACGAGCGACAAGGUUCAGACCCGAGACAAGGCGGAAUUUCUGCAAAUAAAAGGGUAAUUGCCAAAGGCCCCUCCUUCACUUUCUUGCUAUCGCACUGCUGGCUGCCCUUCUACUCGACUUGCUUGAAAGAAACCGACAAGUUCCAUCUGGUCAAAAAAGGGUUUUAGAAAAUCCCCCAUUUUAAAUGGCUGCUCACGCGUCCCAAAAGACCCGAAUUAAAAGGCCACUUGUGCUAGGCCGGCAGCUGUUUCCAUUUCUCGCUUUCCACUUUCAAAAGAUCUUACAAAAAAACAAUAAACUAUUAGGAUAACUAGAGUAGCUCUCAGCCGGCAUUGGACAUUUACUCCUACGGUAGUCUCAGUGUGUAUUCCCAACGCUUAACGGUCUCUGCAGCCGCAAGGUUGUUGCCGCUUCAUUGAACACCCUAUUCCCGGGACCUCGAUUGUGACCGCAAAUGCCCGAUAAACAAAUAACGGCAUUCAUAGCAGACAUUCUACGCUUUGGUCUAGAGCGACUUUCGCUAGUGCCUGCAGACAAGAGGUCCUUUGAGGUUCAGGAUGCCAUUGCCGCACAGGAACUAGCGGUGGAUGUUCUCUCCAGCAUUGGUGCCGUUGAUUCCACGCCACCCUCGACAUCGGUGAUUGAAGAAAUUGAAACGGUCCCAGCUGUCGAGGACGGAAUCACCGCCGAUCAGAAUGUUCCUACUGAAAGACCAUCAAUAGAGGAAUCAGACAUAUCGGAAAACCAGCAUUGGAAUCGAGCUGUAGUCCUGGCAAGGUCUAUUGGAAUGGGUGGCUCGCCGCGGAAAGAAAACAAGCCCGAUAAGCAGAAUCUGAAUGCAAUCGCUUCGCAUCUACCCCAUGAGCUUCUCUUGCAUAUAUUUGAAUGGGUUGAUGAACUGCCGACGCUAUAUUCAUGCAGUUUGGUGAGCCGGUACUGGAACCCUGUUGCACAAGAAGUGUUAUGGCGUGAGGUCCUCCUUGACAAUGCCCCAAGACUACGACGAUUUGUUCGUGGCGUAGCCUUCAGUGCUACACCGCGGGUGGCUCGCCGCUCAGCGAGGACUCGUGCGGGACUGGUGCCAAAAAAUUUCGGUGAAGUCCCAAAGGCAUUUGAAGAACUGGGCGAGUUGAUCAAACCUGGGUUGAUGAAUAUUGCCAAUGGGGCGAGUAGGCGAUUUGGGGUUGGAUCAAAGCCUACUACAUUGACACCAUCGGAAGGAGAGACACACCCUGCAAUGCUCAAAGUCAUCGCGGAACGACCGCCUCUGGUCAUAAAUAAACCGCCAGUAGGGCGGUUAUGUGGACUGGGGAGCAUGGUCAAGAAGCUGGUAGUGUCGAGCAGCGAACAAAAGGUAAUCCUUCUGCAGCAUGUGAGCAACUUACUGAACAAUCUGCAAAGCCUACAAUUUCAACACCUAAAUAUUGAAGGCUCGGGCCCGUCAUUAGACGCAAGGAUCCUGAAUUCCCUUGAAACCCUCAUCGACCGUGUUUGCUCUCUCACGAUUGAAGAUGUGGACUCCCCAUGCUGGCCAGAUCUUUGUCGCAUCCUACGAGAACACGGAGGGCGGCUACGUAACCUGAAUAUUGAGGCGGUUUCGGAGAUUGACGCUUUCGAAAGCAGUUCGGAUCUAUCGGAUGUAUUUCCAAGCAUGCCUGGAUUGGAGUUUGUCCGGUUAGAUGGGAUCCCUGUUGGACCGAAUGCCAGUAUCGAGAGAUUGGUCUCUAGCUGUGGAUGUUUACAAGCUGUUACUUUGGAUUAUUGUUUGGAUGUCACGAUGGAUAUUCUUAUGGUCCUCUGGAAUGGCUGUCCGCAGCUAAAUUUCCUCGGACUGGCAGGCGUGGUGGGACCGUUGAGUUCACCUUUGCAGUUGGAACAGCGUCCGUCAUUGAAAACGUUGCGGUUGGUUGAUUGCGAUGUUUCAGACGAGAUGUUUGAAGAGAUGGCUUUGAAAGCGACGGGAUUGGAAAUGCUUCGCCUUGUGUUUGAGGAUGAUGGAUGUGAAGGCAUUGUGACCGUGUCCAAUGAGCUCACGGAUCGAACCCUUGACGCGCUCUCGACACACAGCACAACACUCCGCAUCGUUGCAUUAACCCGAUGUCCCAACAUGACUGCCAAAGCUCUCUCUCGUGUAAUCCGAAAUAACCCAGUCAGCACUCUAGACCUACACAAGCAUCCAGAUUGCUCAAUUGGCGGAGUUGACGAUAAGUUUUUGAGGGAGCUUGGAACCUCGGUGAAAAAGGUCCGUGUACUUAACCUUUAUGGACAACUCGACCUGACCGAGCAAUGUAUCGUGGAAGUCGCGAGGAAUGGGGCUUGGACAGGGUUAAGAAGUUUAUCAUUAAAUAACUUGACGGUGGGUCCAAGUGUAUUGGACACUCUCCGCGUGGGAUGUCCAGCAUUGGAAGUGUUGAGUUUGGUUGAUUGCCCAAAGAUUGCAGCGGAGGCGAUAAGAGGGUUUGUAGAGGGUGUCUCCGUUGCUCAUAUGCGGGUCAUAGAGGAAGUCAGUGGGCGAUCUGAUAAGAGUGAUGUGGACACGGAGAGUUCGGUUGGCGCAAGUUCUGGAGAGGGCUCUGGAAGUUCAUCAGAACCUGCAAAGGAAAUAUUGCCGACUCCAUCUUCCACUUCAGCAGAUGUAGCAUCUGUUCCCGGUCCUGGCGCAACUGCGUCAUCAUCAUCAUCAUUACCACCGUCACCAUCACCAUUAUCUUCCGCCCACUUGCAUCGACGAUUCCCCAUCCGUACGUUACCGUCCUUUGAUUCGCCCCCUGCACCGCCUUCCCCGCUACGAAAGCUACGAAGAGUCUACACACUGGCGCUCGAUACGGAAGAAACCAGUGUUGUUAAGCGACGCGAUGCGUGGUUUGUCGAUGAAGGGCUGGAUAUAUUGAGUCUGUGGGAGAAUGCGGUGCGAGGUCUCGCAGGGAGGGGAUGGGUGUUUUGAACACUUGAUUGAUUAACCUGUGAAGAUGAUACCAAAUUCAAUUGGGGUGACGGCUGGGCUUGGGUUUAUUUAGAUGUGUGAGAUUCCCCUUUCUGUUUCUCUGUGUCGCAUUUUUGUGGAUAUCCCUGGAAAGGACUGUAUAAUAGUGUAAAAACUGGACGUUGUCUCUCUGCCCGUGGAAGGCGCAAAAUGGAUCUCUCAAGUGCAGAGUAUGUUAUCCAAA